CUUCCGGCGUCUUUCUGAUGGCGGUCGUUUGGCGGCUUUUGCUGCCGUCUGCAGGACCCGAGGCUCUAGGUCACUCGGUGGAGCGGAGCUUAGAGAAACUGGAAGGAGCCUGAGGGGGCGCCGUCCACACUGCCCAGGAGUGAGCGGGUUGCGGAACCCGCUUCCGGGAUUUUCGGCCUAGGUCUCCGCCAUUAUCCUGCGCGUCUCCUGGCACCACCGCGCCCACAGGGUCCUAUGUCAACCAACGCGGUGCAAGACCCGGCCCAGAAUCAUCAGGGAAUUGCAAUUGGGGUGUGCGACCAAGGUUCCCAUGGUGGCAGCAGCAUUUAUGGUCCCUGGACAGGGCCAUGUGAUCUUUGAGGAUGUGGCUGUGUCCUUCUCCCAGGAGGAGUGGGGUCUCCUUAACGAUGCUCAGAGACUCCUGUACUGUGACGUGAUGCUGGAGAACCUGUCACUUAUAGCCUCCCUGGGAUGUUGGAGUGCAUUAGGUACUGAGGAGACCACUUCUGAACAAUGUGUUUCUGUAAAACAAGUGACACAAGACAGGAAUCCAAAUCCAGACCCAUCUAUCCUGAAGACUCUUACUUCAGAUAUGGGUGCCCUGGUAGAGAAAUAUGUUUUGUACCUGGCUGAGCACCAAGGAGUGCAUCCUGGGCUGAAACCAUCCUCUUCUGGGGCUUGUAGGAAAAUGUUCACUUCUCACCUACAACAGCACCAGAAGCAGCCCAGUGGAGAGAAACACCUCAGAAGGGAAGAGAAUGGGGCCUUGCUUGUGACGAGCUGCAAAGUCUUUUUACCCGACAAUAUGUUCACAUGCGGAGAGAUUGAGAAGGCUUUCUUAGGCAGCUUGGGCUUUCCCCAGCACCAGCCCUCCCACGAUGGACAGCAUCCAGGAAGAAGCAGGGAGAGCAGGGAGGUCUCUCACCCUGGACAAGGGCAUUACGAGUGCAGCGAAUGUGGCAAAGCCUUCAGUAAAAAGUAUAAAUUCACGGAGCACCUGAGAGUUCACACUGGAGAAAAACCUUAUGGGUGCAGCGAGUGCGGCAAAUUCUUCAGACUCAGGGGAGGUCUUUCUCAUCAUCGUAGAGUUCACACAGGAGAAAAGCCUUUUGAUUGUGGUAAAUGUGGGAAAGUCUUCAUCUACAAAUGUAAACUUGUUCAGCACCAAAGAGUCCACACUGGAGAAAGACCCUAUGAGUGUAAUGAAUGUGGGAAAGCCUAUGCCCGCAAGGAUUCACUUGUCCAGCACCAAAAGGUCCACACUGGAGAGAAACCUCAUAAAUGCAGUGAAUGUGGGAAGCUCUUCCUUUACAGAAAUAAACUUCUUGUGCACCAGAGGAUCCAUACUGGAGAAAAGCCUUUUAAGUGUACCGAAUGUGGGAAGUCCUUCAGUUAUAAAACCAGUCUUAUUAUCCACCAGAGAACCCACACUGGAGAAAGGCCUCAUAUGUGCAGUGAGUGUGGGAAAGCCUAUGUCAACAAAAAAAGUCUUAUUGUACACCAGAGAAUUCACAAUGGAGAAAAAGUUUAUGGGUGUAAGAAAUGUGGGAACUUCUUUAUAAGCAGCUUUGCCCUCAAUAAACACCAGAAUGUUCACACUGCACAAAGGCGUUAUGAGUGCAGUGAAUGUGGGAAAGCUUUCAAGAGGAAAAUCAGACUUGCUGAGCACCAGAGAAUCCACACUGGAGAAAGACCCUAUGAGUGUAAUGAAUGUGGGAAAGCCUUCAAGCUGAAGAAUACACUUGUUAGCCACCGAAAUGUCCACACUAGAGCAAAGCCUUUUCAGUGCAGUGAAUGUGGGAAGCCCUACAGUAACAAAACAAGUCUUGUUGUCCACCAGAGAAUCCACACUGGAGUAAAGCCUUUUCAGUGCAAUGAAUGUGGGAAGCCUUACAGUUACAGAACAAGUCUUAUUGUCCACCAGAGAAUCCACACUGGAGAAAGGCCUUAUGAGUGUAGUUCUUUGUAUGUAGCUCCAAGCUCAUAAAAAAGAGGAAAGUUCACACUGGAGAAAUGUCUUCUGGACUUAUGUGUUCCUUCACUUGAGUUAAUAUCUAGCACCACAACUCCUGUGUUGUAGAGUAGGUGAACAUUUAACUUAUGUGGGGUCAAACUUUUUUGUGUGUGUGUGGUACACGGCCCUCUCACUGUUGUGGCCUCUCCCGUUGUGGAGCACAGGCUCCGGAUUCUCAGGCUCAGUGGCCAUGGCUCAUGGGCCCAGCCACUAAGCGGCAUGUGGGAUCCUCCUGUACAGGGGCACGAACCUGUGUCCCCUGCAUCGGCAGGCGGACUCCCAACACUGCGCCACCAGGGAAGCCCCAGUCAAACUUUUUACAGUGGUAGUAUCCUUUUACAGUCUUGCCAGAAACACCAGAACCCAAGUUCCCAUUCUUUCCAUUCUUACCAACACUUGGUAUGUGCAGGGUUUCUAAUUUUUGUGACAUCGUAGGUGUAUAGUGGUAUCAAGUGAUUUUAAUUUGCAUUUCCCUAGUGACAUGAUGCUGAGUGGUCUUCCAUGUGUUAAUUUCCAGCCAUAUAUUGUUAUUGAAAUUUCUAUUCAUUUGAUUUGUUGUUCUAAUUACUGAGUUUUGACAUUUCUUCAUGAAUUAUUGAAUACGGUCCUCUAAUGGAAAUACUUAGCAAUACUUUCUUCCAGAAUUGGUCUUGUCUUUUCAAUUACUUUUCCAGAGAAAAAGUUCUUAAUUUUAGUGUAGUCUAAUUUGUCCAUUCUUAUACUUUUUCCCGUUUCCUCCUGUAACUUUUAUGGUUUAGGGUUUUUAUUGAUGCAAAGGAAUCAUUUUCAAUUAAUUGUGGGAGUUAUUUUUUAAAAUAUAGACACCCAAUUGCUGCAGUGAUACUGAUUUAAAAGAUUAUACCUUUUCCCCUGAAUUGCUUUAGUAUCUUCAUUGAAGGUCAAUCAUUUAUGUAUAUGUUUAUUUCUGGAAUUUCUAUUCUGUUGCAUUUAUCUACUUUAUUUAUGCCAGUAUUUUCAUGUAUUAACUAAUUUGUUUUUAUAGUAUGUCUUGAAAUCAAGGUUGUAUACUCCUUUGACUUUCUUUUUUUCAGUCAUUAUAGCCUUUCUUGGUUCUUUGCUUUUCCAUAUGAAGUUUAGAAUUCACUUUUCAGCUUAUACAGCACAAAAAAUCCUACUAGGAGUUUCACUGGGCUUGCAUUUAGUCUUCAAUUUAUUUUUAUUUUUAUUUUUUGGCUGUUCCAUGCAGCUUAUGGGAUCUUAGUUGCCUGAUCAGCAAUUGAACCCAGGCCAGGGCAGUGAAAGCGCUGAGUCCUAACCACUGGACCUCCAGGGAAUUCUCCUAAUCUUUAAUUUAGAAAGAAAUACUGAGUGUCCCAAUCCAUGAACAUGAUACAUCUCCUUUUAUGUAGAUCUUAUUUAAUUUUGGAUGGAAAUGUUUUUAGAUUUCUUUUUAUAGGUCUUGCAUAUGUAUUUUCUAAAUCUGAUAAUAUUGUGAAUGAGAAUUAAAAAAUUUUUCUUUGUGAAAUGUUCAGUGCUAGUACACUAAGAGAGAUAUCAAACUACGGAUAGAAGUGAGCCUUCUUAAUCCUACAACAUCUACAAAGAGUAAUUAGAAAUACUAUACCUUUGAACCAUUAUUAAACUUGCCACUAGAAUAAAAGGAGGGCAGCUGCUCAUUGUUCUCUUAUUCAGUAUCAUCCUGGAGUUCCAAUUUCAUUCAAUACGAAAAAAAAAACCUGGCAAAAUAAUGAAUAUGUAGCAAUUGGAAAGGAAGAAAACACCUAAAAUAUAUCCUCAGUUUUCAUCUUCACUAUGAAUCCAAAUAUGGACACUCAUUUUAGUGCCUCAACCCAUCAUAAACUCAUAAUUGUUUCAUCACCCAUUCGCUGACCUUCUUACUUCCUUAGGACCCAUCACCUUCUAUUACGCUAUGCAACUUAAUAUCAUAGAAGAACUGCUUAUUUUAUUUUUCUAUCAAAUACAGAGUAAGUUCCAGUAGGAAAAUAUGUAUUUACAUGUUGUGCACUGAUACAUUCUGUAUUCCUAGAAACAUGUCUGAAACACAUAUGGUACUUUUUUAUUUUUGGCCUUACUGCGUGGCAUGUGGGGUCUUAGUUCCUGGACCAGGGAUCAAAUCCUUGCCCCCUGAAAUGGAAGUGCAGAGUCUUAACCACUAGAACGCUGGGCAAGUCCCCCAUGUGGUACCUACUGACAUCUUAAAAUAUGGAACAAAAUGAUAAUGCACAUUUAACAUUCAUUUGCACAACUGUGGGUGUACUUUCUAACUCUCCUCACCCUGCUUUUUCCUUCAGUUUUACUACCAUGAAUGCUCUGAGUUAUAGGAAGAAAUUAUGUUUUGUGAAAAGCCUUUAAAUCUACUAAAAAAUCCCCAGUAGACAUUUUAGUGGUUUCCUUCUCUCACUUAUUAGAUGUCAGGUGUGUGUGUGUUUUUUUUCUCCUCACAUUCCAGUGGGAUUUUGAUUAUUUCAAAAACAAGUUUUCCACCAUCAAUUUCUGCCAGUCCUCAUGGAUAUCUAUCUCAUUAAGCACUUUUAUUAUUUUAUUUUUUUUUAGUUUAUUUAUUUCUUUUUGGCUGCUUUGGGUCUUUGUUGCUGUGCGUGAGCUUUCUCUAGUUAUAGCUAGUGAGAGCUACUCUUCGUUGCAGUGUGCAGGCUUCUCUUUGGGAUGGCUUCUCUUGUUGUGGAGCAAGGGCUCUAGGUGCGUGGGCUUCAGUAGUUGUAGCGUAUGGGCUUAGUUGCUCCGUGGCAUGUGGGAUCUUCCCGGACCAGGGCUCAAACCCAUGUCCCCUGCAUUGGCAGGCCGAUUCUUAACCACUGCGCCACCAGGGAAACCCUAAGUACUUUUAAUAGCUCUGGAUAGUUACACAGUCUGAAAUGUUUUUCUGAGUUUGUCUCCUCUCCAUAUGCAGACACUGUCAGUGCACUUACAGGUGACGUAAUCACUUCCAAGGAGCAGAUGACAUCGUGGGGUUCUAAACCUUUAUCUCAGGCUUACAUGUCCCCAU